UAUCGUCCGACCGUUACUGAGGCUUUUGCUUCGGUUCAAUAUAUAAUGACUGAGGCUAACUUUGGUUGGUUAAUCCGAUCUGUUUAUCGAUGGUCGGCAAGUAUGAUGGUUUUAAUGAUGAUCCUGCACGUAUUUCGUGUGUAUCUUACCGGCGGUUUUAAAAAACCUCGUGAAUUGACGUGGGUUACGGGCGUUGUUUUGGCUGUAUUGACCGCAUCUUUUGGUGUAACUGGUUAUUCCUUACCUUGGGACCAAAUUGGUUAUUGGGCAGUCAAAAUUGUAACAGGAGUACCCGAAGCUAUUCCCGGAAUAGGAUUCUGUCGUGGAAUUAUUAAGGGAAGUGCUAGUGUAGGACAUUCUACCUUGACUCGUUUUUAUAGUUUACAUACUUUUGUAUUACCUCUUCUUACUGCUGUAUUUAUGUUAAUGCACUUUCCAAUGAUACGUAAGCAAGGCAUCUCCGGUCCUUUAUAGAGAAUAUGGAUCCUAUAUAUUUCUAAUCAAUCAUUUUUUAUUUUGGGGAGGAACAAAAGUAUUUCAUUGCUACAAAUAUGGAUUAUUAAAAAAAAUAAGACAUGUAUUUGGAUAUUUCCCUGUAACUUAAGACUUAACAAAAUUAGCGUCUUAUUUUUUUAUUUGACAUACACGAAUAGUUGAUAGUUGAGGGGGAUUCUCCGAAGAGAAAACGGAUUAUGGGAGU